UUCUUCUGAAGGAGUUAAAGUUUGUUUUGUUCUUGGUCCUGCAGGGAGCCAGGGAUUCUCCAGCCAAACAGGGUUCACAGAUUUCGCCAAUACUCCCGGCACCUCCUCCACUCCCCUAUCAGUCGGACCACGUUAGAGGCACCCCGUGCUGGACAAUUGGAACACACCCAGCAUAUAAUGCAGCAGCACAGUUCUGGUGUUCAUGGUAACCAGGGUCUCGGUGACGCCGGCCAUUUAUUGCCGCAGCGGAACAACAAUACCCAGAACUCCCGGCUCCAGAGUGACAGCUCCUUUGCUCUUGGAGGACCAGGAGCACCUGGAGGAGAGGGAGCCGGUCAUGCACCAGAUCUCCGGGUUGAUGUGGUCCCAAAGACAGCAGAAAAUGUCCAUGCUUUGUGCACUGGAGAGGAAGGUUUUGGCUACAAGGGCUACAACGUUUCACCGCGUUAUCCCAAAAUUCAUGUGCCAGGGUGGGGAUUUACCAACCACAAUGGAACUGCAGGCAAAUCCAUCUACGGAGAGAAGUUGCCUGAUGGCAACUUCCAGUUGAAGCACGGCGGCAUAGGGCCCAACACCAAUGGCUCCCAGUUCUUCAUAUGCACAGCUUCAACUGAGUGGUUGAACGGGAACCAUGUGGUGUUUGGCAGCGUUGUGGAUGGCUUGGAUGUUCUGAAGGCAAUUGAGGAGCAUGGCACAAAGAGCGGCACUCCUAAAGCCAAGGUUGCCAUUGCCGAUUGUGGCGAACUAAAAUACUGCUAGUCACUCAGUUCCUUCAGGUCAGUCCGCUCUUAAGAUCAGAUGUAGCCAUUAUCAUCCACAUCCCAGUUAAACUCUGAGAUGGUGCAUAGCUGCAAUAUGUGCAAAAAAAAAUCCUACUAACACUUUCUCCUCUAAAAAAUGUUGGUCUACCAUUCGUUGUGUCUUAUUUUGUACCUUACAAUCUGUCAUCUAAGGACCACCUUUGUUAACAAAACCUGACUUAAAUAAUGAUGAUGGUGUAAAUAAAGCAAUUGCACAGCC